GCCUCCGCCUCUGCCGCCUCACGAUGCCCGCACACGCGCUCCGCCAGCGACGCUCCGCCGCAGCGACGCCCGCCCUCUGGUUCCUCCCUCUGCUGGCGCUGCUGCCAGCCGGCGCGCUCUCCGCCGACGCCGACGCCAAUGCGACGCUCGUCAGGAACUUCGUCGCUACCGACGCGCUCGUCGACGGCGAGCAGGAGCGACGCAUCCACUACAACGGCCUCACCGCUAAGGAGACCAGCGUCGUCGGAGCUCCGGACGAAGACGGCACCAGGGCGGGCGUGACGCUGCGGCAGGUGACGGACGGCUCGGGCUUCCUGCAGCUCAUCUACGGCGCCGAGGGCGAGCUGCGCGACUGCGAGUUCGUGGCCGGGCGGCGCGCCGCCGAGUCCUUCCUGCGCUCCUUCCACUCCGACGUGCAGCGCGCCGCCGGCGGGGGCCGGCGCCAACACCGCCGCGAGGCACCAGACGCCGCGCUCACCAACGUCACCUUCCAGGUUCUGCCGGAGGGCUCGCCGCUGCCGGCUGAAGUGUCGUCGUGGCUGAACAUGGGGCGGCUGCGCGCUCAGUGCCGGGACAAACACCGCGAGCUGCGACGCCUCGCCAGGUGGCACCGCCGCGGAGGGCCCCGGCAGAGGGCGCGCGCCGACCUGCAGCUCAACAGGCGCAGGCGGGACCUGGUGGACGCGCUGCGCGUGCCCGGCACCAAGUGGUGCGGGAAGGGCCGCUCCGCCGAGCGCUACACGCAGCUGGGCGGCUUCAACGGCGCCGACCGCUGCUGCCGCCUGCACGACACCACCUGCCCCUUCUACAUCGCCGCCUUCCAGACCAAGUACGGCCUCUUCAACUGGCGCAUCAACACGCUCAUGCACUGCACCUGCGACGAGAGGUUCCGCACUUGCCUCAAGAUGGCUGGUACGGGCGCUGCCAAUCUCGUGGGUAAGCUGUUCUUCAACAUCGUGCAGACCAAGUGUUUCGUGCUGAAGCCGAAGAAGGUGUGCACGCGCUUCUCGUGGUGGGGCAAGUGCGAGAAGUACGCGUACCGCAAGCAGGCGCACCUGCGCAACAACGUCUCCUACUGAGGGCGCGCCACCGCCCUCCGCACGACAACGUUCCUAGCCGCUUGCGCCGGCGGCCGCUCUAGAAGGCGGUGGACGUCGACUGCCGCCGCGACUACUGCGCGCGAGGCGUGCGACUGAAAAACCACCGACGUUGGACUGUCCACCCGCGGCAACUGCCGCACUGGAUUUACGCCACUCAAGACGGAUACCUAAGUAGGGCUGCGCGACCGGCCCUGCUCCGUGGGCGGCACACCAAAGACAGAAUAAGCACUGUUGCCGUCCAUGGAUCGUUUCGUGACUAAAGAUAGCUGCGGAUAAUUAUAUUCAUCACCGUAACUUCAGCUAUGCCUGUAGUGAGAACGACAAAAAAAAACGAGUUGGUAUUCUCUGUUUGUGCAUAUAGCAGUCAAUUCUCCUAAUAGAGUUAUUGUAAAGUGUGUUACCACCAGAAGUAGUUCUAUAUCGAAAACUGUAUGUAACUAAGAGAGAUAUUCCCCAAGCUACCUCCUGCGUUUCCAGAUCUGUUUGUUGCAGUAGAAGUUCAGUGUUCCGAAGAUGUCUACUACCUUCAUUAAGCACACAUACAUGGAGAAACUGCUCAGAAAAAUUCAGUUAUAAUGUCUUUGAGCUCUGAUAGAUCAUAAAAUUCUCGCGUUUCUUCUGGCAUAGAAAACCAGUGAUUAUAAACUACAGCCUGAAUCCCAACUGCAUAUACAUAAGCCUCUAAUGAAUGUAGUUAACAAUACAAUAUUUUUAUUAUUAAUGAUGCCAGGUUACCAAAAGCAAUUUCUGUAAGCACGUGUGCUGGAAAUCUCAUGCUGGGAACUUGGCAACAGAGCCGAUUGCGACACACGAGAAAGACGAAUGUCUGGUAGUUUAGCAUCUGCUUGUGAAUUUAGUUAGUUGGACAAUAAUUAAGUGUCCCUAUGGCGCUGUAGAGCCCAGCAUCUGUUUAAAUAUGCAUGUCAUGCACACAGGAAUACAUUUCUGAGCUGUCCGGUGUUGACAUCUCUCAGAUUUAAAUGACUGUUAUUUACGACCAGGCAGUGUUUUCUGUAUGCGUAUUCGCUGAGGAAACAGAAUUCUUUUAUUUUGGUGCUGUAUGAAACUAACAAGUUUCUAUUUAUUUCUUUAUUGGUACUUAGCAUUUAUUCGCCUUGUUAUAAGUCGCACAAUGGUUCCGCCAAUGGUGGAAUCUCGUCCAUAGGUCUUCUGCGUUGUGAAAUUACAAUCAAAGCUGACGUUUUUGCAUGUGAAUCGUUUGUUAUAUGUCUUAUAAAAACUGCAUUUUUGUACUUUUGUAAUGUUCGUCGGUAUUAUAUUACUUAAGCGACAACUAAAUCAUUCCUUCAUUACUUCUGUUCAUCACCUGAUCUUUUUUCUUUUCUUUUUUUGUGAAUACGAAUUGAUAGUGGAAACCCCUUGACGUGGCUUACUUUUAGUCUGUAUACGGUUGAGAAGUUCGCUAGUUUUCCCAAUUUCCAUAAAUCAUACUGUAAAUACCCAUAGUUUCGCUGUUGUGAGUUAUACAACAAUGUGUUAUUGUUGUUCUAUUGAGCUAGACUACCGAGGGUACCUUGUCACGCAUAACCCAGCUAAGACUCGUCAUCUUUUUGUAACCAAAGAUUUCUUCUCCUGAAUGAAAUGGAUUUACCAUAAAGUCUGUGACUGAAUGUAAUGUCAGAAGAAUAAUGUUCGACAGGCUGCUAAAAAAAGAGGGAUGUUGACGGCGUAAUAUCUGGUGUCAUAGUAAUUACGUUUGAAAGUUAUUUACGAAUCAGUCAGGCAGUUCACUUUUUUUAUUUUAGUAACUAAUUAGCAAAAUACUACCAACAAUGAUCGAGCAUUUGGAUGAACUGAAUUAGAUUAUUUUCUCUUGGGAUUUCGUGUAAUAGUGGUGACACUUGGCAUGUUUUAAACAGCUUUGGGCGACAUGCUUAGGUUAGGGAAUAAAUCCGAUAAAAUCAAAUACUGCCAGGCUCCAAUAUCUACCUUUCUACUUCCCUGCAAAAAUAAUAAUAAUUGUGCUAAAUUGCCUCCUACAGUGCACAAUUGCAUGCAAGGUGUUUGGAAUGGGAUUUAUAAUCGUUAUAAGCAGUUAAGUGCUACAGUUCUUACUUGUAGUGUGCUGGUGAACAUUAGAGUAAAUUUCUAUUCACGUCAACGAAACAUUCCGACACAUUUCUGUGGCCUACCUUUGCAUCUACAACUUAAUGCUGUUACACUAGCCUAUCUCCACCUUCUUGUGACAAUGGCUUAUAAACACUCGAUUCAUAUCAUGGUAUCACACUAUGCACAAUAUAAGAUGAUAGUUUCAAAAACAUGAAGACAAUGCCGAAUUUCUUUUUAUCGAGAAUAUGAAAGUUGUAAGACACCGAAUAGUACUCUAAAGAUUUCUAUUAAUUCAAUGCAAUUUUUGUACUUUUGAAAAACUGAAAAUAUUUCUUCCUUGAAAAUGCUUUGGAAAUGCUAAGCCGAUUCGACGAAACUCGUGUUGAACUUCCUGAUUAGCUUCUGCACACCGUAUCAUUUAUAUUCGGCACACCGUAUCAUGUACUAUCCAAGUCUACGAUUACUUUUUCAAAAGUUACUCACGUGAAGGCAAGACAUGAUUUUUCGUUCAGGAAUACUUCAGUUUAUACAAAUCACUUCACUGAUUUACUUCAGAUUCGUAGUGUGGCAGUGAAUCUAUGGCAACUGCGUGAGACAUACUCGUAUACACUACCACAUUAUCUAGUCUUAAUAUUUCUCUUACCUAUCAUCACACUACUUGUAGUCAUAUACGGAUCUUCAAACAAAUUUUGCAGUCGUUAUAAAUAUCUGAAACUCAAACACAUUAGAAGAAAUUUAAUGUUGCCACGCUCUAAAAACGCUAUACCGUUUGAUCCACUUUCCUGCAAUACUUACUGAUCAUCUAUUUUACACUAAAGACAUCGCCAAGUGUUGAAUCUGUUGCCAACAAAUAGACUAAACUCCCUUAUCGAGAAAACUGAUCAGCAGUCAUAUAAUUACGACCGGAAAGGAAAAUAGUGUUCACCAGUUUCUGUACAAAAUUUAUAAUUUGUUGAUCUCUAGCGGGUAAACUCAUAAUACAUAAAACAGCAGAAUGCUUUCAAGUUUAUGAACGCACAAUAUUGUGGUAGCCCUGCUCAUGUUAACAGAAUCUUCCGUCGAUUCUUGUUAGAACAACAUUACAAUAAUGAAAAGCACCAGUUUUUGUUUUGUUCAUGUUAUUGCAGUACUGACAAAUCACCCGUGCAUGUCUAUCCCUCCCAUAUAACUUUCAUCAAAUUUCUGUCUCUCCUCACCCAUACUGAACACCUUUGUACAUACAACAGCAUUUCGACUCCAACAAUCCCACUGCUGUUCCUAUACCUGUAGAACCCACCAACCCUACACACACACACUGACACGCACUCCAUAUCCUCUCCCAGCAAUACUUCAACCGAUUCUUUCUUGCAGACAACGUAAAAUACGCUGAUAUUUAUGCUUUGUCGACUCAAACUCAUCCCUCUCUACCGUACCUCACACUGGACUUUCCCCUCCCUACACACUUGUUCCCUAUUUUUUUCCUGUUCAUACCAUCGCCUGCCCCACAGCCCACUCCUCUACUCUGCCUCUGUUUCCCAUUAUCCACUUCUACAUCUACAGAACCAUCUGGUAACCAUCUGGGUACCAUCUGGGUACCAUCUAGGUACCAUCUAGGUACCAUCUGGGUACCAUCUGGGUACCAUCUGGGUACCAUCUGGUUACAACAUACCACACACCCCACGAUCUCAGAGCUCCUGUUUUUUCUUCUCCUAGUUCUACCCCUACCAGUGCAGGUCUUUACAAUUUCGGUGCAUGUGCGUUGAUACAUAGCUUCUUGUCUAAGAUCUUUAACAUAUAUGAGACAACUUUUCAUUUUACUUUUUUGUCUUCCGUUUAAAAGCAAACAAAACAACAUAUUUAAUCCCCAAAAAUCACCUCAAAUGUUUAUUUGACACUACAAUAGUGAAGCCAUAGUCACAGUGCAUAAAAAUAUUAUAGUCACACUCCUUUACGACAAUUAUUUCGGAAUAUUGACAGAAAAGUCAUCUCUUUAACUUGUUUCGAAACCUAUAUAAAUGUUUCACCCUUUUAAUUAUACUGCAUCGAAUUUAUGAAUUGUAAAAAUAAUAUGCUGCAGAGGGGCUGAAACAACAAUAUAGGGAAAAAUUCUACGUAAACAUUGCUCUUUGGAAUAGCGGAACAGUUGUGUAUCCCUUCCCGUAGUCCAAAUAAGAUCGGCAGCAUAAUCAGUUGUCUUGUUUUGUUAAUCAGUGUGUGUUUCUCAUUGAACAUAUGGCCCGUUAGCCGGCUCAGAUAACAACCACCGCAUCUGGUCGACUCUUACUACAAAACACCCUUGCUUCUGCACAAAUCUGUAGAUACAUAAUACGGGUUUGAUUUGCGAAUAACUUUCAGGAAUGAGAAUAUUUACUAUGAAACCGAAGUGUACGUUGUCAUGACAUUUGACACCAAUGCCGAUAUCCGCAGGUACCUGCUAGAAGCUCGGCACGACAGGCAUCUAGGCAUGUUUUGUGAAACAGCAAGUGCGUGAUCAGGCCUGCUCUCGUUUCCGAUGACUGUGACACCUCUUUUCACGGCCAGGACGCGUCGGCAAGAAGCAUCGCGUGGCACACUACCUUGACUCCUGCCGGUACUUAAAUGGCUCUGAUUGCUAGCAGCCCAUUCAAGGGUCUUCAUUAGUUUUUAUUAGGAAUUUGGCCGUUUCAGAAAUAGCCAGCUUCGGUCAGAUAUGUGUAAUUCUCCGUAAUGUUUUCAGUUUGUUAGUAGUAAAGAAAUCGUUAGAAAAGUAGUUUCUGUUAAGGCUAGUUUUAUUCAAAACAUAAUUUUCCGAUAAUUUACUCCUGGCAAGAAAUGCUCUUUCACGCCAAUAAACAGUACCACACUUAGUAUACUGUAUGAUGCAGCUAGAGAGUGCCACAAUAGCACGAAUACCUCAGCAACUAAAAGUUGCACGUUGUUUCCAUACUUUCUUCCCUCUCUGUCUGUGACUGUAAGCUUCCAUGUGUUUUGAAUUUCUUAUAAUCUAUCAUAGUUUUAUACGACCACAGAGCGAUUAUUUAAGUGAGUUAAGAGUCUUCAGUAUGUGUUGAAAAUAGUUGUAAGGCUAUCGUGUUGCAUUUUAUCACUUUUCAUGUAUUUAAAUUGACAUCUUUCAUCUCGUCAUUUCGUUACAUUACAUCUCUGUAAAUGGCGUUUGUAAUAAAUAUUUCAUGAUGUUUGUAUUCAAGAAAGUAAGAUGCAAUAAUAAAUUUGUUAUUAUAAUUGAA